AUGAAUGCACUUAUCUGGAAUGUGAGAUCAGUGAAUACUAAGAAGGCUUUUGAAAGGGCUAUCACAAUGCAUAGACAAUAUCACUUUGAGUUUAUUGGGCUUAUGGAGCCAAUGCAACAUGCUAGGAAAUUGGAAAAAUAUAGGAGGAGAAUUGGAAUUGCCCAGGCUUUUGGUAAUAUUUCAAAUAAUAUUUGGGCUUUUAUUGAUGAAGUUUAUAAGGUCAAGAUACUGAUGGACAUGGAUCAACAGCUUACCAUGAAACUUUACAAUGUUGAUACUAAGAAAACUUUCAUUCUUACGUUAGUGUAUGCAAAAUGCGACGUAAUUGAGAUGAUUGAACUAUGGGAUUCAAUGUAUGGCCUUGCAACUGAUAUGUCACUUCCUUGGAUUGUGGGAAGUAACUUUAAUGUUAUUUGGGACGAGGAGGAGAAGUUUGGAGGACUUCCAGUGCAUAUGAAUGAAGUUAUAGAUUUUAGACAUUGUGUAAAUACAUGUAAUCUAUUUGAUAUUGGCUUUAAAUGGAGUAUAUACACGUGGUGGAAUGGUCGAGCUGAAGAUGAUUGUAUUUUCAAGCGAUUGGAUAGAGUUCUAACUAAUGUUGAAUUCCAACAAUCUUUUCCAGGUUUGGAGAUCAAUCACCUCUCAAAGAUUGGGUCAGAUCAUAUCCCACUCCAACUAAAUACAUCUGCCAAUACUGUCCCAAUUAAGAAAUCGUUUGGAUUUCUUAAUAAUUGGACGAAGCAUGAAUUAUUUAUUGAUGCGGUGAAGGAAAACUGGACAGAAGAUUUUUGCGCACAUCCAUUCUAA